AUGAAUGUGUCACACCUGGAUCAAAGUAGUGUACAUGAUGUACCUGUGGUAAUGGAAUACUCUGAUGUUUUUGCAGAGGAAUUACCUGGACUACCACCAGACAGGGAGAUAGAGUUCUGUAUUGAGUUUUCUCCUGGUACCAAACCGAUAUCAAUACCUCUUUAUCGGAUGGCGCCAACGGAGUUAAAGGAACUGAAAGAUCAACUAAAAGAGCUACUUGAUCGUGAAUACAGACAGCUGAACAAGGUUACAAUCAAGAACAAGUACCCUGUGCCAAGGAUUGAUGAUUUAUUCCAUCAAUUGCAAGGAGCAAGGUACUUGUCUAAGAUUGAUUUGCGAUCAAGAUAUCAUCAGUCGAAGAUCCGAGAUGAUGAUAUUUUGAAAACUGCUUUUAGGACUCGGUAUGGUCAUUACGAGUUCCUACUGAUGUCGUUUGGAUUGACGAAUGCACCAACAGAUUUCAUGGAUUUGAUGAAUAGGAUAUUCAAGCCAUUCUUGGAUCAAUUUGUGAUCGUCUUUACUGAUGAUAAUUUGAUAUACUCGCGUACAGAAGAGGAGCAUGCGCAUCAUUUGCGCAUAGUUCUUCAGAUAUUGAGAGAGCAUCAACUGCACGCUAAGUUUCAAAAUGUGAAUUUUGAGGAUCCAAAGAAAAUUGAAACGGUAGCUCCAGUGCUAGCGAUACCAGAAGGUACUGAAGGAUUUACUAUUUACUGUGAUGCUUCAAGGGUUGGUUUAGGAUGUGUUUUAAUGCAGUAUGGACGAGUGAUAGCGUAUGCUUCUCGCCAGCUGAAAAAGCAUGAAGCGAACUAUCCUACUCACGACUUGGAGUUAACAGCAUAUCAUCCGGGUAAGGCUAAUGUGGUGGCUGAUGCGCUAAGUAGGAAAUCUGAAGGAAGCUUAGCACAUAUUACUAUAGAGUGGCGAAGGCCAUUGAUCCGAGAGAUCAAUAUGAUGUUCAGUCAGGACAUAAAAUUUGAAAUUUCACACCUUAGAAGUUUGAUAGCUCAAUUAAGUGUGCGGCCAACACUAAUUGACAGAAUCAAGGAGUUACAAGGUGAAGAUCUCGAAUUGAGACAUAUGAUGGAUUAUGUACAGAAAGGAAAGUGUCAAGACUUCAGUUUUAUCAACGGAGCACUAAAGUAUGGUACCACAUUGUGUGUACCAGAUGUGGAGAAUCUAAGAAAGAGGAUCAUGGAGGAAACUCAUGGUUCGACGUACAAUAUUCAUCCAAGUUCCACAAAGAUGUAUCGAGAUAUCAAGGAGAUGUAUUGGUGGAAUGGAAUGAAGAGGGAUAUAGCGGAGUUUAUGGCUAGGUGUUUGGUGUGUCAGCAAGUUAAUCUUUAA